GUAACUCACAAGCCCAUAACCCUAGACUUCACAGCAGCGGCUAGUCCAGUAGAAUACGAGAUCCGGGAUGAUGACACGUCAUUGUUAGCCUCUUCCCUCCCGAGAUAGCUUCUUCUUCGCGAUCUUACCCUCUACGGCUACAUCUUCUUCUAGUCACCAUGCUGUAUAAUCGCGCCAAUAGUAGUUUCUCCUCUAUGGGCUCUAGAUAUCCUUCUGCCGCUGAAUAUGCUUCUCAGCCAUCGUGGUCCGGACCUCCCGGCGUUGAUAUUGGACCAGGUGUUGCUGACCCCUUUGGUGCCGGGUUGAAGCGCCCAUCGUCUGAAGCUCUCUAUCAUCAGACACUUUUGGGUGGCCAUAGUGCCCUUGGCCAAACUGAAUCUUGGUAUUCAAGCAAUCCUUUAGCCAAGCGUCCUAGAUUUGAGACUGCAUGCAAUUUGCCCAUCUAUCCUCAGAGGCCCGGAGAGAAAGAUUGUGCCCAUUAUAUGCUCACAAGAACCUGUAAGUUUGGAGAUAGCUGCAUGUAUGACCAUCCUAUUUGGGUUCCAGAGGGUGGAAUUCCAGAUUGGAAAGAGGUACUCAUUACAAGUGAAUCUCUUCCGGAGAGACCAGGAGAGCCAGAUUGCCCUUAUUAUCUGAAGACUCAAAAGUGCAAGUAUGGCAUCAGGUGCAAGUUUAACCACCCAAAAGAUAAGGGUGCUCUUGGAAAUGGUGAUAUUCCUGGCUUACCUGAAAGACCUUCAGAGCCUCUAUGUGCGUUUUACAUGAAGACUGGAAAAUGUAAAUUUGGUGCUACUUGCAAGUUUCACCAUCCAAAAGACGUACAGAUACAGGCUUCUGUUCAAGAAAAUCAAUUCACUGCACAGACUGGAUUGGUUGAUAGCAUUGAAAUGUUCGGGGAAAUGAAGCCAACUGUCAGCCCAGCUAUGUUGCACAAUUCCAAGGGUCUCCCUAUCAGACAGGGUGAAGUUGAUUGCCCUUUCUACUUAAAAACUGGAAGCUGCAAGUAUGGAGCCACUUGCCGUUACAACCAUCCUGCCAUGUAUGCAAUUGAUCCAGCUGCUUUAGGACAUGCAUUUGCAGGUUCUCCUGCAGCUCAUCUGAAUAUUGGGGUUGUUAAUCCAACAGCCUCACUUUUCCAAACAUUCGAUCCUAGAAUGACUCAAACAAUGCUUGGAUUGACCACAGGUAUCUAUCCACAACGGCCUGGGCAGUUAGAAUGCGAUUUCUACAUGAAAACUGGGGAGUGCAAAUUUGGAGAGAGAUGCAAGUUUCACCACCCUGUUGAUCGUUCAUCACCUGUUGCAUGCACAAUGGAUGUCCAGCAACAAAAUGUUAAGCUUAGUCUUGCAGGGCUUCCUAGACGGGAGGGUGCUAUACAUUGCCCAUUUUAUAUGAAAACUGGAACAUGCAAGUAUGGAAUAACAUGCAAGUUUGAUCAUCCUCCGCCAGGGGAGGUCUUGGGUGCAACUUCACUAGCUGAAGAGCAGUAACAAACUUUUUUGGCUUCACUUGGUGAAGAGCAGCAGAGGGAUUGUCAACCCUUGACCACCAAUACUUCGAGGGAAUUAAUUGUUUAAGAUUUGUUUGAAGACGACUCUUAUUUCUUUUAGUUUUCAACUUCUUAGGUUUGAUUUACUAUGAUGUAUUCCUCAUGUCCUUGUAUAAGUGAAAGUGUACUUGGUUGGUCCUCUAUAGUUUGUAUGGAGGAUUGAGUACUUCUGUUAAUGUUGUAUUAGUUGCCUGAUACUUUAUGCCACGUUAGUUGCAUGA